UGCCCGUUGUGCAUGGCAGAGCUCACCCGAUCCCAGGUCCCAGCUCAGGUUCCCAGCAUCAGGGUCACCUUUCAGCCCAGCACCAUCUAUAAUUGAGCGGUGCGGGCAGCAAUGCGGCAGGCAGGCAGGCAGGGCCGGCAGCCCCCACAGGGCAGCCCCAUGGAGAACGGUGUGGGGCAGGCACCGGGCACCCCUGAGGCUCCCUCAGCUGAGGGGCCCCCCGCGCCCCGUGCCCCCCGCGCGCGCCCCAGGCUGGUGUUCCAUGCGCAGCUGGCACACGGCAGCCCCACAGGGCACAUCGAGGGCUUCACCAACGUCAAGGAGCUCUACGCCAGGAUCGCGGAGGUCUUCGGGAUCUCCCCCACUGAGAUCCUCUUCUGCACUCUCAACACGCACAAGGUGGACAUGCAGAAGCUGCUGGGGGGGCAGAUCGGGCUGGAGGACUUCAUCUUUGCACAUGUCCGCGGCGAGACGAAGGAGGUGGAGGUGACCAAGACAGAGGAUGCUCUUGGCCUCACCAUCACAGACAACGGGGCUGGUUAUGCCUUCAUCAAGAGGAUCAAGGAGGGAAGCAUCAUCAACCGGAUCCAGGCCGUGUGUGUUGGGGACAGCAUCGAGGCCAUCAACGACCAGACCAUCGUGGGCUGCAGGCACUAUGAGGUGGCGCGGAUGCUGCGGGAGCUGCCCCGGGCUCAGCCCUUCACCCUGCGCCUUGUGCAGCCCAAAAAGGCCUUUGACAUGAUUGGGCAGCGGACAAGGAGCAGCAAGGCCCUGGGAGAAGGCAGAGUGAGCAGUGGGAAGGAGACGCUGCGGCUGCGGGCACAAGGCCCGGCCAUGCUGGAGGAGGGGCCCAGCCCCUGCGAAGAGGAAGCCACACGUCGGGUGGAUGAUCUGCUGGAGAGUUACAUGGGCAUCCGGGACAGCGAGCUGGCCUCUACCAUGGUGGAGGUGGCACAGGACAGCACCAGCGCGGUGCAGCUCGCCCAUGGCCUGGCCUCGGUGCUUGGGGACUUCGCUUUCCCCCAGGAGUUCGUGGCUGAGCUGUGGGCAGCUGUCAGCCCCUGCCAAGAGGGGCAGGAGUAGCGAGGAGGGGUCCCCAGAGCUGCCCCCGAGGCUGGGGCAGUGUGGGCACCAUCCCCUCCCCGCUCCCCUUUGCACACCCCAAAACAUGGCUGUG